AGUCCUCAGCUCCCGACGAUGGGCCUCCGGGCAGGGGCGCCGCGAUCCUGUGGGAGAUGCCGCGGCCGCUCUUCUGGGAGACGCCCUUCUCCACGAGGGGAGGGGUGACCACCAACGUCUCGGAAACGCGGCCCGAGUGACGUGACAUCCUGACCCUGCCUGACGUCCCCUUUCCCCCACGCACCCACAGCUGGCCGCGUUGGCUAUGGGCGGCUGUGUCGGCCACUGGGUGGGAUACGUGCGCAAUGGGCUGUGUGUGGCCGCCCAGUGCCUCGCCGCGCACCCGCAGUGGCUUUGGGAUAACAAAGACGUGUUAGGAUCCCGUUCCCUGAGGUCCCUCAUGCUCCCAGGGACUCACAACGCCGGCUCCUACUCCGUCAAGGACACCGACGACGUAGUGACAGCCUGGGUGGUGUGUCAGGACGAGGACAUCAUCAGCCAGCUCCUCUACGGCAUCAGGUAUCUGGACCUGCGUGUGGGAUACUACCCUGACACCCCGGAACUCCUGUGGAUCAACCACGACCUGGUCCGGUGGCGCCCCCUGGUGGAGGUGCUCGGACAGAUCAACGCGUUCCUGACCAUCUCGCAUGACCCGGUCCUCAUUGACAUCCACCGCAUGCCCGUGGGGUUUGAGCACCAUGAGGCCAUCCAGCUCCUCCUGUCUGCCAUGAACGAGACUCUUGGAGAACACUUCCUUUCAGAGCGGUAUGGGUCGCAGGUGACUCUGGACCAAGUGUGGGCCACGGGGAAGCGGGCCAUCUUCGCCUUCGCAGACAUCGACGUCUCCGAAGAGGAGGACUGGGUGUGGCCGCCUCUUCCCCAGGCUUGGGCCAAUGCUCAGACGCUGGAGGACCUGCGAGGCUACCUUGAUACACAGAUGGCUCGGCGGGCGGCGUCUCCUAGAUUGUGGGCUGCCAUGGUGCACCUCACGCCCACCCUCUGGGACCUGCUCCUCCGCUCUCAUGUGGGUGUGCGGGGAAUGGCCGACCGCGCCAACCCUGCUGUCACCAUCUGGCUGCAGAAGCGAUGGGCUCACCUGGCCAAUAUUGUAGCUUCAGAUUUCUUCAGAGGCAAUGACAUAGUCAAUGUUGCUAUCAGGACAAACCUAGCUCUGUCUGUGUGCCCUUCGUCUAGUUCUCACGUAUCAUCUCCACUGCGAAGGUCUACAGGCUUCAGGCUCUCGGUAUUACCAAGAAAAUUAUCAAAUCCAAUCUGGGAGACCAUCAAAAAUUUCGAAGAGGACCUGCCACACACCUCCUCCGCGCCGCGCCUGUCCACCCAACCCUCACUGCUCAUGAGCUUCACCUCUACCACGCCUCCGUUCCAAAGGAUCACCACCUCUUCACCGCCAGACGUCACCACACCUCCGUACCAGAGAGUCACCACACCUCCAUACCAAAGAGUAACCCAAGCUCCUCACCACAGAUCGCAUGGCACCUUCUCUUCGGGGACACGUGCGAGGACCACCACCCCUCCCGCAACAACCUCACCUCCUCCUUCGACCGCCUCACCUUCCUCCUCGCCUUCCCCGUCAGUUUCCUCGCCAGCUCCUCCUUUACUCACCAAGAGGAUCCGCGAAGACAACAGCAUUCCUGAGGGCCUCGAACCCCAGAAACCCGUGCCCGAGUCCAUCGACUUGUCUUUAAUUUCUCCCAUACAUUCGAUAUUAGACUUAUUUGGCUUCGACACCACAGAUAUAAGUUCUGAGAGACAACAGCAGGACGCAGGACUCGGAGGAACAUCGUCUAACCAGGAAACGAUGACAGCUGAUGACGAAACAGAAAAAGAUUCUAUCACGACGACUGGCGAUGCGAGCGGUCAAAGGGCAGAGGAUAACUCAACCGACGAUCAGCCAAUAGUUGUAAGUCUCCUAAACGAUCAGCCUAUCAUGACCUCUUCCUCGACCCUAAUAUCUCGUGUUAAACCAACUACCUCGCAGCCGCUCCCGGACAGACCCUUGUUACCGUCAUCAGGAGGUGCAGGUCAAGCGAAUGUCUCGAUAAAACAGGGGAGCCGGCAGGGUGCCGCGUAACUCAAGCAAUAUAGAUAUUUUUCGUUUCUUUUUCUCUGUAAACUAAUUCUUAGGCACAUGUUGUUUUAUAGUGUUGUUGCUGAUUUUAUAUUCUAUUUAGACUGGAAAUAAUUUUAUAUGAUAAAGUGAAUUUCCCCAGUACCUGACGACUUCACACACACACACACACACACACACACACACACACACACACACACACACACACACACACACACACACACACACACACACACACACACACACACACACACACACACACGCACGCACACACAUGUAACCAGUUCUUUAGAAUCUCAAAUACACACACAAGCGGUGAAUAUUAAUUCAUAUUUUUUUCAUCACAUUUUUUCGCUGCAAUUAUCAUUAAUUUCACCAGUACAUGUGCAUCGUCCACCAUCCACAAAUAGUGAUAUUUCC